AUGAUCCACACUGGAGAGAAACCAUUCACAUGCACCCAGUGUGGGAAGAGUUUCAGCUUAUUGUGGUCCCGUAAUCUACACAUGAGGAUCCACUCUGGAGAGAAACCAUUCACAUGCACCCAGUGUGGGAAGAGUUUCAGCUUAUCGUGGUCCCGUAAUCUACACAUGAGGAUCCACUCUGGAGAGAAACCAUUCACAUGCACUCAGUGUUGGAAGAGUUUCAGCAGCUCAUCACACUUUAAUUACCACAUGAGGGUCCACACUGGAGAGAAACCAUUCACAUGCACUCAGUGUGGGAAGAGUUUCAGCUGCUCAUCAUCCCUUUAUAAACACAUGAGGAUCCACACUGGAGAAAAACCAUUCACAUGCACUCAGUGUGGGAAGAGUUUCAGCCAAUCAUCACACCUUAAUCACCACAUGAGGAUCCACACUGGAGAGAAACCAUUCACAUGCACUCAGUGUGGGAAGAGUUUCAGCCGCUCAUCAUACCUUAAUCAACACAUGAGAAUUCACACUGGAGAGAGACCGUACACAUGCCAAGAGUGUGGAAAAAGCUUCUGUCAAGCAGGAAACUUUGCAGUGCACAAAAGAAUUCACACUGGAGAGAGGCCCUACACCUGCACUCAGUGUGGGAAGAGUUUUGGAAGAAAAAAUAAUCUUAAGAUUCACAUGAGGAUCCACACUGGAGAGAAACCAUUCACAUGCACUCAGUGUGGGAAGAGUUUCAUCCGCUCAUCAUGCCUUAAUCAACACAUAAGGAUCCACACUAGAGAGAAACCAUUCACAUGCACUCAGUGUGGGAAAAGUUUCAGCCACUUAUCACACCUUAAUUACCACAUGAGGAUCCACACUAGGGAGAAACCAUUCAGAUGCACUCUGUGUGGGAAGAGUUUCAGCCAGUCAUCACACCUCAAUCACCACAUGAGGAUUCACACUGGAGAGAAACCAUUUACAUGCACUCAGCGUGGGAAGAGUUUCAGCUGCUCAUCACACCUUAAUCAACACGCAAGUAUCCACACUGGAGAGAAACCAUUCACAUGCACUCAGUGUGGGAAGACUUUCAGCCGCUCAUCAUCCCUUAAUCACCACAUGAGGAUCCACACUGGAGAGAAACCAUUCACAUGCACUCAGUGUGGGAAGAGUUUCAGCCAAUCAUCAUCCCUUAAUCACCACAUUAAGAUCCACACUGGAGAUAAACCAUUCAUAUGCAGUCAGUGUGGGAAGAGUUUCAUCUGCUCAUCACAUCUUAAUCACCACAUGCGGAUCCACACUGGAGAGAAACCAUUCACAUGCACUCUGUGUGGGAAGAAUUUCAGCUGCUCCUCGCACCUUAAUCACCACAUAAGGAUCCACACUGGAGAGAAACCAUUCACGUGCACUCAGUGUGGGAAGAGUUUCAGCAAAUCAUCAAACCUUAAUCAACACAUGAGGAUCCACACUGGAGAGAAACCAUUCACAUGCCCUCAGUGUGGGAAGAGUUUCAGUAAAUCAUCCUACUUUAAUACACACAUGAGAAUUCACACUGGAGAGAGGCCGUAUACAUGCCAACAGUGUGGAAAAAGCUUCUACCAAUCAGGAAACUUUGCAGCGCACAUGAGAAUUCACACUGGGGAGAGGCCGUACUCUUGCAUCCAGUGUGGAAAGAGUUUUAAGCAAAAUUGCACCCUUGAAGUCCACAUGAGAACACACACUGGAGACAGAAGUUUUAUUUGCUCAUACUGUGGAAAACGUUUUUCUCAAAAACAUGACCUUAACAUCCACAUGAGGAUUCACACUGGAAAAAAAACUCACACAUGCACACAGUGUGGGAAAAGGUUUACUCAAAAAACAAGUCUUGACAACCACAUGAGUAUUCAUACUGGAGAGAAACCUUACAGAUGCACAGAGUGUGGGAAAACUUUCCCACAUAAAAGCUCACUCAAACACCACAUGAGAACUCACACUGGAGAGAAGCCGUUUGCAUGUACUCAGUGUGGAAAGAAUUUUGGAAGAAAAGGCGAUCUUAAGAUUCACAUGAGGAUCCACACUGGAGAGAAACCAUUCACAUGCACUCAGUGUGGGAAAAGUUUUAGCCAAUCAUCAUCCCUUAAUUACCACAUGAUGAUCCACGCUGGAGAGAAACCAUUCACAUGCUCCCAGUGUGUGAAGAGUUUCAGUUGCUCAUCUCACCUUAAUAAACACACGAUGAUCCACACUGGAGAGAAACCAUUCUCAUGCACUCAGUGUGGGAAGAGUUUCAGACACUCAUUAUUUCUUAAACAACACAUGAUGAUCCACACUGGAGAGAAACCAUUCACAUGCACUCAGUGUGGGAAGAGUUUCAGCCAAUCAUCAUCCCUUAAUCACCACAUGAUGAUCCACACUGGAGAGAAACCAUUCACAUGCACUCAGUGUGGGAAGAGUUUCAGCCAAUCAUCAUCCCUUAAUCACCACAUGAGGAUCCACACUGGAGAGAAACCAUUCACAUGCACUCAGUGUGGGAAGAGUUUCAGCCAAUCAUCAUCCCUUAAUCACCACAUGAGGAUCCACACUGGAGAGAAACCAUUCACAUGCACUCAGUGUGGGAAGAGUUUCAUACAAUCAUCACAACUUAACCGACACAUGAGGAUCCACACUGGAGAGAAACCAUUCACAUGCACUCACUGUGGGAAGAGUUUCAGCAAAUCAUCAUCCCUUAAUGAACACAUGACUAUCCACUCUGGAGAGAAACCAUUCACAUGCACUCAGUGUAGGAAGAGUUUCAGUUGCUCAUCUCACCUUAAUCACCACAUGAGGAUCCACACUGGAGAGAAACUAUUCUCAUGCACUCAGUGUGGGAAGAGUUUCAGACGCUCAUCAUCUCUUAAAGAACACAUGAGGAUCCACACUGGAGAGAAACCAUUCACAUGCAUUCAGUGUGGAAAUCGCUUCAGCCGAUCAUCAACCCUUAAUCAACACAUGAUGAUCCACACUGGAGAGAAACCAUUCACUUGCACUCAGUGUGGGAAGAGUUUCAGCCAAUCAUCAUCCCUUAAUCAACACAUGAGGAUCCACACUGGAGAGAAAUCAUUUACAUGCACUCAGUGUGGGAAGAGUUUCAUACAAUCAUCACAACUUAACCGACACAUGAGGAUCCACACUGGAGAGAAACCAUUUACUUGCACUCAGUGCGGGAAGAGUUUUAACUGCUCAUCACACCUUAAUCAACACAUCAGGAUCCACACUGGAGAGAAACCAUUCAGAUGCACUCAGUGUGGGAAGAGUUUUAACUGCUCAUCACACCUUAAUGAACACAUGAUGAUCCACACUGGAGAGAGACCAUUUACUUGCACUCAGUGUGGGAAGAGUUUUAGCAAAUCAUCGUCGCUUUAUAGACACAUGAAGAUCCACACUGGAGAAAAACCAUUCACUUGCACUGAGUGUAGGAAGAGUUUCAGCCAAUCAUCAUCCCUUAAUCAACACAUGAGGAUCCACACUGGAGAGAAACCAUUCACAUGCACUGAGUGUGGGAACAGUUUCAGUAAAUCAUCAUCGCUUUAUACACACAUGAAGAUCCACACCGGAGAAAAACCAUUCACUUGCACUGAGUGUGGGAAGAGUUUCAUCCAAUCAUCAUGCCUUAAUGUACACAUGAGGAUCCACACUGGAGAGAAACCUUUCACAUGCACUCAGUGUGGGAAGAGUUUCAUCCACUCAUCACACCUUAAUCAACACCUUAUGAUUCACACUAGAGAGAAACCAUUCAAAUGCACUCAGUGUGGGAAGAGUUUGAGCCAAUCAUACCUUAAAAAACACAUGAAGAUUCACACUGGUGUGAGAGAGCAUAUGUGCUUGGAGUGUGAGAAGACUUUUAUUACAGCUGCAGAAUUGAAACGGCACCAGAGGAUUCACACUGGAGAAAAACCGUACAAGUGUUCACACUGCAGUAAGAGGUUUACUCACUCAGGAACCCUGAAAACACAUGAGAGGAUUCACACUGGAGAGAAACUGUACAAGUGUUCACACUGCAGUAAGAGGUUUGCUCACUCAGGAACCCUGAAAGCACAUCAGAGGAUUCAAACUGGAGAUAAACUGUAGACGUGAUCAGUGUGUAUUAGGGCUGGUUACCGAAACCCGUUGCCCUUUUUGCACCGCUACCUUGGUAACCGGUAUGUAUCGGUAUUAAAUCAGCAUAUGAAUUUCGGUGCUUAAUUUCGGUGCUGCGGCAUGAACGUGAGGGGUGCAUGAAAAAAGGCAAAUAUAGGCAUUGUGUCACAGCAUCACUAAACAUUUAAUUCUAAACAACUUUGAGGAAUACGGACAGGCAAUAUCAGGCGAUUGUUAUUGUCACUAGGGAACAGACGCACGCAACGCACGCAGUACAGCGCAUUUAGCCUGGAACCAGUGGUUUUCGGUGAGCGAGAGCGACACUCUUCAGAUCAACAUGCGUGAUCACGUUCAUCCAAUUUGCCUAAACUAAGCAUUCUAAAGCAUAUUUUACAAGCAAGGAUUCUUACACAGCAACUGUCUUUACAAAAGUAGGAAACAUGUCAAACUUAAUGACACAUGUAGAACAGAUGUAACACAUUGAUCAAAUGUAGUUUUCAGUCACGCUCAUGUAAGUCAUAUUCAACUGAUUUCCGUCUUGAGCUCAUCAAUUAUUUACAACACAUUUUUAAACAUAAUAGUUUAACUAACUCGUUUCUAAUAUCUAACGUUACUUUUUUAUGCUGACAGUCAGUGCAGAACAUUUUACUAGUUAUUUUGCAAGACAGUAUUCAAACAAAGUCCCUUUAAGUGUUUUAUAGUCUUUUAUUCAGAUUAAAGGGUAAUUUAGACCAGAGGUGCUGUAACUAUACCGCAGAGGGAGAAAUGCCAUCCCGCUGUUUCCACAGAGCUUCUAUGUUUUUGUUGUUGGGCUUCCAAAUGACACGACACAAGCACAGAAGUGCUUACAGUUCAAUAUUAAUUAUGUUCCAGAGAACUAUAAAAUACACAGCAAGCAUGAUUUGACAAAACGCAGCUUCCAGAAUCUCUCCCAGUUCAGUGCUGGAUUCGGCUAAAAUCUCCUCAAAGAUGGAGCAAGGACACGCUGUGAACUGAGUCAUAACCUGUAAGUGUUUUUAUUUGUUAAAAUUGAUCAUGACAUGUACAGCGUCUAGCCUUAACGGUGUGUUGUAGCAAAGAUGUAAACAACGGGAAAUUAUGUUCAUCGCUAACGACUUAGCUACAAAUCCAUACUUAUCAGUCAAACGGCUGUAAACACACACACAUACAUACAC